CUCAUGGAUCAUCUCUUCAUCACCAUCCUACUACUUCUAGUUUCAUUUCUAUUGGCCACCCAUUUUCGUGGCAAAUAUGCCAACCUUCCGCCCACCAUCUUCCCAAGUAUCCCAAUAAUCGGUCACCUCUACCUCUUAAAGAAGCCCAUUUACAGAACCUUAGCCAAACUUUCCGCCAAACACGGCCCAAUUCUCUUCCUCCACUUUGGAUCACGCCGUGUCCUUGUGGUAUCCUCUCCUUCAGUCUCCGAAGAAUGCUUCACCAAGCAAAAUGAUAUCAUAUUCGCUAACCGCCCUCAUUUGCUGGCUGGCAAGAUACUGAGCUCUAACUAUAGCAGCCUUGGUUGGGCCCCAUAUGGUGAUCUUUGGCGUAACCUUCGUCGUAUUUCAACCAUUGAGGUUUUUUCUUCUAUUCGUCUUAACGAGUUUCACGAUGUACGUGCUAACGAAGGAAGACUCAUGAUACGUAAGAUACUUUCUGAAUGUGGUUCAUCACCUGUGAACUUAAACAAAGUAUUCCAAGAUUUAACGUCGAAUGUGUUGAUGAGUAUGAUUGCAAGGAAGAGAUAUUUUGGUAGCGUCGAUAUGGAGGAUGAAGGCAAACGGUUCCAAGAAAUCGUCAAGGAAUCGUUUUUGGUUGCUGGUGCUUCGAAUAUAGCGGACCAUUUGCCAAUUUUGAGUUGGAUGGGAGUGAAAGGAUUUGAAAAAAAGUUAAUCGCGAUGCAGAAAAAUCGGAGUGAGUUCUUUCAAGGGCUGAUUGAUCAACUUCGAAAGGCUGAAGUGGGAAAUAACAAAGAGAAGAAGAAGAAUAGUAGCAUAAUUGAAGUGUUGUUGCAGCUACAAGAAACGGAUCCUGCGUACUACACAGAUGAACUUAUUAAAAGCUUUAUACUGAACCUAUUGGCAGCUGGUGUGGAUACUUCGUUUACGACUAUGGAAUGGGCUUUUACUCUUUUGCUCAACCAUCCACAUGUUCUAAUAAAGGCACGAAAUGAAAUUGAUAAUCAUGUGGAAAAUCACCGUCUUGUUAAUGAAUCGGAUAUGGCCAACCUACCUUAUCUUCGUUGUAUUAUUAACGAGACUUUAAGACUGUACCCUGCUGCCCCACUGCUAGUACCUCAUGAGUCAUCGCAUGAUUGUGUGGUCGGGGGCUAUCACGUUCCACGUGGGACCAUGCUGUUGAUAAAUCAGUGGGCAAUACAACACGACCCGGACGUGUGGAGUGACCCAGAGAAGUUUGAUCCUGAUAGGUUUAAAGGGUUUGAAAGUGGACGAAAUGGGCUGAAGUUCAUGCCAUUUGGGUCGGGAAGGAGGAGUUGCCCAGGGGAAGGGCUAGCCACACGUGUGAUUGGGUUAACGCUAGGGCUGCUCAUACAAUGCUUUGAUUGGGAAAGGAUCAGUGAAGAGAUGGUUGAUAUGAGUGAAGGUCCCGGGCUUUCCAUGCCCAAGGUUCAACCUUUGUUCGCCAAAUGUAAACCACUCCCGAUUACUCGCAAUUUGGUAUACGAGACGUUUGAGUCCAUGACAUAAUUGCAUGGAUCCGGCCUAGCUAGCCCAUUAACAAAGGUCUCACAUGCAAUGUAAAAAGAAGAAAAUAUAUAGGUUCAAUUUGGCAAAAUCCUUAAAAACGAACUGCCGUUAUGGUACUAUAUAUAGAAAGUUUCAUUAAUAUGAAAAAUGAUUUAUUACACAUUAGAUCCCACAUGUAGAUAUCAAAAGUCAAUUCACAUCCACUGCACU